UUGUUGCGCAGUACAGCGACACCCACGGAAGUGACCAAGAUGGGAAGAAUUGACGGGAUGACGUAAUGUCCCGGCGCCUGCUGACAACCGACACGCAACGGUGCCAGUAUCCAGUCAUGAAGCUGCUUCAUAAAGACAUAGAGAAAGAUAAUGCCGGUCAGGUGACUCUGGUGCCUGAGGAGGCAGAGGAUAUGUGGCACACCUACAACCUGCUGCAAGUAGGAGACAGUCUGAGAGCAUCCACUAUCAGGAAGGUGCAGACAGAGUCCACUACUGGAAGCGUGGGCAGCUCCAGAGUUCGCACGACUCUUACCUUAUGUGUGGAGACAAUCGACUUUGAUUCCCAGGCUUGCAAGCUGAGAGUGAAGGGCACCAACUUAGAGGAGAACCAAUAUGUCAAGAUGGGGGCGUACCACACCAUUGAGCUUGAACUUAACAGGAAGUUCACUCUGGCUAAAAAGAGCUGGGACAGCGUUGUGCUGGAUAGAAUAGAGCAGGCAUGUGAUGCAGCCCAGAAGGCAGAUGUGGCGGCUGUGGUCAUGCAGGAGGGUCUGGCCAAUGUGGUUUUGGUGACACCUGCCAUGACUCUGCUCCGCGCCAAAGUGGAGGUCACCAUUCCCCGUAAGAGAAGAGGAAGCUGCACUCAGCACGAGAAGGCUCUGGACAGAUUCUAUGAGGCUGUGAUGCAGGCUAUUCUUCGCCACAUUAAUUUUGAUGUGGUGAAGUGCGUCCUCGUUGGCAGUCCAGGGUUUGUAAAGGACCAGUUCAUCAGCUACCUCUUUAAAGAGGCAGUGCGUCAGGACAACAAGGUCCUGCUGGAAAAUCGACCCAAGUUCAUGCUGGUCCACUCGUCGUCAGGUCAUAAGUACUCACUCAAAGAAAUCCUGUCUGAUCCCACUGUGACAAGUAGACUGUCUGAUACUAAGGCAGCAGGAGAGGUCAAAGCCCUGGAGGAUUUCUACAAGAUGCUGCAGCAUGAGCCUGACAGAGCUUUCUAUGGAGUGGCUCAUGUGGAGAAAGCUGCGGACGCCCUCGCCGUCGACACCCUGCUGAUCAGUGACAAACUCUUCAGACAUCAGGACGUUCCCACGAGAAGUCGCUACGUCCGCUUGGUGGACAGUGUCAGAGAUAACGGCGGCACCGUCAGAAUAUUCUCAAGCCUUCAUGUGUCUGGUGAACAACUCACCCAGCUGAGUGGAGUGGCCGCCGUCCUGCGGUUUCCAAUCGCCGACCUGUCAGAGGAUGAGGACGAGAGCAGCUCAGACGAAGACUGAGCGGCAGUGAGGAGCGAGGCGCGCUCACUGGGAGGGAAAAAAAAAGAAGGCGGUCGUGCAUUUUCACAAGAAUACAUGGACUUGGUGUGUAGUAACGCUGCUGUUAUGGUUUCCAUCAUGUCGACCUAAUCAAGUUAAAAAAGAGGAAGGAAUUAUGAAAUGCAUACAGUUUAAGUUUUCAGCCACAUUCAAGCAAUAAUCUUUGUUUCCAACUGUAUAUACAAUCCAAUCCAAUAUGUCUAUUAAACAACAGAAACAGUCUA